GGGUAUUGUUGGAAAUGGGCUUGUCAUAUAUGUGACUGGCUACAAAAUGAAGACGACCGUCAACUCCAUUUGGUUUCUCAGCUUGGCGAUUGCAGACUUCAUCUUCAUCUUAGUCCUCAUCCUCAACAUUGUUCAUGCCUUUAACAAGAAGGUUUGGCCCUUUGGUGACUUCAUGUGCAAGUUUGUAUCCUUCGUGACAGUGCUAAACAUGUUUGCCAGCAUUUUCUUGCUCACUGCUAUCAGUCUGGACCGAUGCCUGUCCACCUGGGUGAUUGUUUGGGCUCAAAACAAACGAACUCUGGUCAAAGCCAGGAUCAUCUGUACACUCAUGUGGGUUUUAUCCAUUGGCUGCAGCAUACCAUUUGUCAUGUGCCGCUCAGGAGAGAACAACAGAUGCGCCUAUGUUUGCCCUAUAAACAUCAUAAAGUCUCUGUUCAUAUACAGGUUUAUAGUGGGCUUUCUCAUCCCCUUCCUGAUCAUUGCAUCUUCAUACAUUGCUAUCGGAGUGCGGGCCAAACGUCUCAAAAGAGGAAAGAAGCUUAAGCCUUUCCGGGUCGUUAUAUCUGUGAUCCUGGCCUUUUUCAUAUGCUGGUUUCCUUUACAUCUUCAACAACUGUCUUUCGUAAUUGCAAGGGAAAAUGGGUGGAUUGACGCUGAAAAAGUAUUCAUUGAAAUAGCUCCAUUCGUUAACUGCCUGGUUCAUCUCAACAGCUGUCUGAACCCCAUUCUCUAUGUGUUCAUGUGCGAGGAGUUUAAAAAGAAGCUUAAACAGUCUCUGCUGCUGGUGCUGGCGACGGCUUUUGCUGAGGAUCAUCUGCCUUUCCGAACAUCUCGCUCUUCCACAUGUUCACAUCUCUCAGAAUCAAAAGGUCUCAACCAGACAAACGAAACAACCAUCUCGUCAUGCGGCAGCGGCCAGGACAGCAAUACAUGCUGUUAGAAAAUCAGUCUCAGAGAUAUUCAUUCCCCAUGUUAGACUGAAGAGAUCUUAUAAAGUGUAUUAGCAAGCUCUCCACAUCUCUCCACAUCGCCUUGAUGCCAGAGGUUCAAAAUACAUAUUGCUUUAAAGACAAUCUGAAGGUUUAAAUGCUGCAAUGUAU